UUGGGUUCAUCUGAAAAAGCAAACCAUGGGGACCUUGAGAGAUCUCUAAUCUCUCUGUGAUCCAAAUCCGAUUCCGGUGAGAUCUUGGAAGAAAUCGAAGUUGACGAUGUAUAUGUCAUACGGAUGGCCGCAGGUGAUCCCACUGGAACAGGGUUUAUGCCCUUCUUCCCAGAAGAUCAUAUAUUUCAAGCUCAUCAAUGGCUUACUGCUCGUCGUCUCUCCCUCUCACCUCGAGCUCUGGUCCUCCUCACAGCAUAAAGUGAGAGUUGGCAAGUACAUGAGAGACGCUCAUUCAGUUGAGACCCAAGGCGAGAAUUUGCAAGCUGUCUGGAGUCCCGAUGCCAAGUUCAUUGCUGUUAUUACUUCUUGUUUCUUUCUUCAUAUUUUUAAGGUUCAGUUUUCGGAGAGAAGGAUUCAAUUAGGAGGGAAGCAACCCUCUGCUUUGUUUCUUGCUUCGAUUUCUCCUCUUCUAACUGAGCAAGUCCCCUUUCCUGAUAACAACAUUACUCUGAGCAAUAUCGUAAGCGAUGGCAAACAUAUGCUACUUGGACUUUCUGAUGGAUCACUCUACAGUUUCUCAUGGAAAGGGGAGUUCUAUGGGACUUGUGAACUUGAUCGAGUUCCGCUUGAUGACGGUCAAGUUAUGUCAUCAUCGCAUUCUUUUGAUAACGGUCUUGCUUCUAAAGGGGUUCCGGGAACUAUUCCUGUCAAUAAUUGCGUCGCCAGCAAGUCUGCUAUUAUCCAACUGGAGCUUUGUUUCCCACUAAGGUUACUGUUUGUUUUGUAUUCUGAUGGACAACUGGUGUCAUGUUCUAUAAGUAAGAAAGGGUUAAAGCAUCCUGAAUCUAUUAAAGCUGAAAAGAGGCUAGGGGUUGGUGAUGCUGUAUGUACUUCAGUAGCUUUGGAGCAACAGAUCCUUGCUGUCGGGACAAAAAGAGGGGUUGUGGAGUUGUAUGACUUUGCAGAAUCUGCAUCACUGAUUAGAUCUGUAUCUUUGUAUGACUGGGGAUACUCAAUGGAAGACACUGGACCUGUCAGUUGCAUUGCAUGGACACCUGAUAAUUCUGCUUUUGCAGUUGGGUGGAAGUUAAGAGGACUUACAGUUUGGUCUGUUUCUGGUUGUCGUUUGAUGUCAACAAUCCGUCAAAUAGGCCUAAGUUCAGUAUCUUCCCCGGUCGUUAAGGCAGUCAAUGAAUGUAAAUUUGAACCUUUGAUGGGCGGCACCUCAUUGAUGCAGUGGGAUGAAUAUGGAUAUAGGCUCUAUGCUAUUGAAGAACGAUCGUUGGAGAGGAUUCUUGGAUUUUCCUUUGGUAAAUGUUGCCUUAACAGAGGAGUUUCAGGCAUGACAUAUGUCCGGCAAGUGAUAUAUGGUGAUGAUCGGUUGCUUGUUGUUCAGUCUGAAGAUACUGAUGAACUUAAGAUGCUACAUCUUAACCUUCCAGUUUCUUAUAUCUCACAAAAUUGGCCAGUUCAACAUGUAGCUGCUAGCAAAGAUGGUAUGUACUUAGCAGUUGCCGGUCUCCAUGGGUUAAUCAUAUACGACAUACGAUUCAAGAAAUGGCGAGUGUUUGGAGACAUUACUCAGGAACAGAAAAUUCAGUGCAAAGGUUUGUUAUGGAUGGGGAAGAUUGUUGUUGUCUGCAACUACAUUGAUUCAACUAACACAUAUGAAUUGCUUUUCUAUCCAAGAUAUCACCUUGAUCAGAGCUCACUUCUCUACCGAAAGUCGUUGCUUGCGAAACCAAUGGUCAUGGAUGUCUAUCAAGAUUAUAUACUAGUCACAUAUCGCCCAUUUGAUGUACACAUAUUUCAUGUGAAAUUAUAUGGUGAAUUGACUCCUUCCACUACCCCAAAUUUAGAGCUUUCUACAGUACGAGAACUCUCAAUAAUGACUGCAAAGAACCAUCCUGCAGCAAUGCGUUUUGUUCCAGAUCAGCUUCCGAGAGAGCAUAUAUCAGAUAAUGAGAUGUCUAACUCAGAUCCUUUACUAAAAGAGCCUGCAAGAUGUUUGAUAUUGAGAGUAAAUGGGGAGCUUUCACUUCUUGAUUUGGAUGAUGGACGUGAAAGGGAGCUUACUGAUUCUGUUGAAUUAUUUUGGGUUACUUGUGGUCAGUCGGAGGAAAAAUCAAAUCUUAUUGAGGAGGUUUCAUGGUUAGAUUAUGGCCACCGCGGAAUGCAGGUUUGGUAUCCAUCUCUAGGUGUUGACCCUUUUAAGCAGGAGGAUUUCUUGCAGCUGGAUCCGGAGCUUGAAUUUGAUCGCGAGGUAUACCCUCUGGGACUUCUUCCAAAUGCUGGAGUUGUUGUUGGUGUUUCCCAGCGAAUGUCAUUUUCUGCCUGCACAGAGUUUCCGUGUUUUGAGCCUACACCUCAAGCUCAAACUAUAUUACAUUGUCUUCUAAGGCACCUUAUUCAGAGGGACAAAAGGGAGGAAGCUUUAAGGUUGGCCCAAUUAUCAGCUGAAAAACCUCAUUUCUCUCACUGUAUGGAGUGGCUUCUGUUUACCGUAUUCGAGGCAGACAUAUCCAGGCAAAGUGCAAACAAGAAUCAGAGUUCUGGGCCUAAAUAUGCAAAGAAUUCCUCUCUUCUAGAGAAGACAUGUGAUUUGCUCAGAAACUUCCCGGAGUAUUUUGAUGUGGUUGUCAGUGUUGCAAGAAAAACUGAUGGUCGACAUUGGGCAGAUUUGUUUACUGCUGCCGGGAGAUCAACAGAGUUGUUUGAGGAAUGUUUCCAACGCAGAUGGUACCGCACUGCUGCAUGCUAUAUACUUGUGAUUGCAAAGCUUGAAGGUCCUGCUGUCAGUCAGUACUGUGCUUUGCGUUUAUUACAGGCAACAUUGGACGAAUCCCUAUAUGAACUUGCUGGGGAGCUGGUGAGGUUCUUGCUGAGAUCUGGAAGGGAUUAUGAACAAGCACCAUCAGAUACAGACAGACAAACUCCAUCAUCUCCCAGAUUCUUGGGUUAUUUUGGUUUUCGUUCUAGUAAUAGAAAACAGUCCUUCGAUAAGAGCUCUUCACUCAAGGAACAUAGUGCACAUGUUGCCUCUGUGAAGAACAUUUUGGAAAGCCAUGCUAGCUAUUUGAUGUCGGGAAAAGAGCUUUCAAAGCUAGUUGCGUUUGUGAAAGGCACCCAGUUCGAUUUAGUUGAAUAUCUUCAGCGAGAGAGAUAUGGAUGUGCACGUUUGGAGAAUUUCGCUUCGGGACUUGAACUAAUUGGACAAAAGCUCCAAAUGAGUAUACUGCAGAGCCGGUUUGAUGCAGAAUUUCUGUUGGCACAUAUGUGCUCUGUCAAGUUUAAAGAGUGGAUAGUUGUCCUUGCCACUCUUUUAAGACGAUCUGAGGUUCUAUUUGAUCUUUUCCAGCAUGAUAUGCGGUUGUGGAAAGCAUAUAGCAUCACCCUACAGUCACAUCCCGCCUUUACUGAAUACCAUGAUCUGCUUGGAGAUUUGGAAGAUCAACUUUCCUCCCUCGGAACUUCAGAAGAGAAGUGAAGUUGCAAUCAAAUAUGUACAUGAUAUCUCUACUUGACAGUUGGUGCUCAUUUGGUAGUUACUCAAAGAGGGGAUCAGUCUUUUACCUGGUUUGGAGUAACAAAUGCCGAGCAGAUCAUGCAUAUAUAAUAACAAACAAUUAUCUCGCUCAGCUGAAGAGGCAUCUACGUGUAAUGGAAUGGAUGAUGAGCACUAGGUGGCCAUGUCAUGGGUCUGCUUAAACAAAUUUUUUAUUAUGAUACUCAAAUUGAAACUGAUGUUGUAGAUAAUCAUUGAUGGAAACCACUGUUGAGGGAAAGGAGCAGCAGGGUCUUACUCUCGAGUCUUGUAUUCUUUUUCUUUGGCACUGUCAUAUUUUGUAUAAAAUUCUUAAAUAGUAUCAUGAAGGCUAUCUGUACGAGUUGUUAAGAACGUGAGAUUCUCUGAUGUAUCGUAAUUUUACACCAGAAAGGAUAAGUUCAUGAGUUUUCAUUG